AGCAAUAUGGCGGUUCUCUGGAGGCUGAAUGUCCUCUGCGGUGUCCAAGGAGGCAGAGCUGUAUUCCUCCGAACCCCAGUGGUCAGACCUGCUCAGGUCUCAGCAUUUCUCCAGGACCGACCUGCCCCAGGAUGGUGUGGAGCGCAGCACAUACACCUGUCACUGAUCCGCCAUUCUGAUUCCAAGGCUGCAUCUCUCCACUGGACUAGUGAGAGGGUUGUCAGUGUUAUGCUCCUGGGCCUGCUUCCAGCUGCUUAUUUGAAUCCUUGUUCUGCGAUGGACUACUCUCUGGCUGCAGCCAUUACUCUCCAUAGUCACUGGGGCCUUGGACAAGUUGUUACUGACUAUGUUCAUGGGGAUGCAUCGCAGAAAGCUGCGAAGGCAGGCCUUUUGGCACUUUCGGCUUUAACCUUUGCUGGGCUUUGUUAUUUCAACUAUCAUGAUGUGGGCAUCUGCAAAGCUGUUGCCAUGCUAUGGAAGCUCUGACCUUUUUGACUUAAUACCUUGAGAAUUGAUCGUGUGCCUCUUUGCCUCUGCUUUGUCAUGCCAUUCAACUCAUAAUAAGGAGGAAAUAGCAACAAAGUCCAUUGGUGAACAAAUAGUCACGUGGUUAUUUUCGAAAUUUAAUCUUUGAGGAAAGGGUUUGAGAGGUAUUGAUUGUGUACAAGAAAUUGUGAGACUGAGUUCCGUAUUCUGGUGAGUUAAUGGAGUUGUCUCUUAACUUCUCACAAGACUCACAGUAUAACUAAACAUUAUAUAUGAGCUUUUGCCUUUUAAUUAUCAUUCUCUUAAAGAGAAUUCAGCUUUAUUACUAUCAGUACAUGAACAAACUUCUAUAUUUGUUCUGGGAAUCGUGGACAAAGGGAAAGACAGUUAAUUCAUGAAUAAAGACUUUGCAGAAAAAAUAGAUAGUGUUUAAUUUUUGAAAACUUCCCUAUCUGUUCAGUUGAUACCAGCUCCUGAUGGUUACAUAUCCUAGGGAAACUUUAAAAUUAGGAAAUACUGAUAUCUCACAUUAUGAAUUUCUCAAUCCUAGGAAGAAAAGCUUGGAGAGCUUCUGAAUAUAGAGAAGUUCCAUUUAAGGACUAGGUCCCCCUGUAGAUGUAU